UGCUUCGCCUGUUCCUCGUCCUCCGCUCCCUGCCAUCCCAGAUUCCACUCGCAGGCCCAGGCUGGCCUUCCCCACCAGGGGGACUGGAGAGCGGCGGGGUCCCGCCUGGCUCACUCCACGCGAAGUCGGGAGGGGCGGCAGCAGGGCAGGCGCGAUCAGGUUUCACAUCCUGAUCCUGCUUUGCUCAGGAGCAAGAGCCUCCUUCGCUCAGCCUGAGGGGCACAAGCAGGGAAGCCCGGGCGACGCGGCCCGAGCGGGGAGAUGGCGGAAAGCUUCAGGUUUCUAUGAUGACAGACCAUAGGACGUUGAACCAUCUUGGGAUGUCUUAUGAAAGGCAGUAUAGAAAAUGAACGAACAAUCAAUCAAUCAAUCAAUCAAUCAAUCUCAGGACCAGACUGGGCAGAGGACUCACAAGGUGGGGGCAGAAUCAUAACUAUCUCUCAGAUUGGGUGGAGAUAAUUGAGCCUCGUUCUCGGGAGCGAAUGUAUGUCAACUUGACAACUGGCGAGUGUGGCUGGGAGCCUCCACCCAACCUCAGAGUUCGUCAGUCUGAUGAGAACCAGUGGUGGGAGCUCUUUGAUCAAAACAACAACCGUUUCUACUACUACAAUGCUAUCACGCAGCAGACAGUGUGGCAUAGGCCACAAGGCUGUGAUAUUGUGCCACUGGCCCAGCUUCAAGCCAUGAAACGCAAUUCUCAGUCUGAUUUCCGGGCAUCCCAACACAGGGGAAGCACAAGUAGUGAUGGGCGAAACACUCCAAUCCAAAUGGCCCUUUUACAAGAGAUGGAGAAGGGUAAAGACGACAACAGCCUGGAGAAGAGGCCAGAGACUGGAAGGGACACCCCUACUCGGUGGCAACCUUUGCCAGGGACUAAAGCAGCUAUGCUGGUCAAAGUCAAUAGUCUGAGACAAGUAAAUUCCGCCUCAAGCAAUUCACUUCAGAUGCAGGGCAGUACAGAAUCCAGCAGCCAGAAAUCUCUACUUUCCAAGCCAGUCGUAUAUGCCCAGCCUCAAUCUGUAGCCCCAAACCCAACAACUCCAAAACCAGCAGUUCCAAUGGAAACAAAGCAGUUGAUGCAAAUUAAGAAGACAGAGAAUGGAGGGUUUUGCCUAGUGCUAACUCAUGGGCUUACUUACCAGCCUCCUUCGGGCUCUCAGGCACAAACAUCACAGCCUGCAUCUCCCAAGUAUGCUUCUCCAGCACCGAUAUAUGAUGAGCCAUCAAUUGACUCACCAAUUUAUGAUGAACCCCCUAUAGAUAUGGACAUUGGGAGUGUAAAUGUGAAUGGGACAACUCCACAGAUGUCACCGAGCAAUAGCUUAAAUAAGAAGCCCCAACCAAUUAAAUUGUUACAGCAUCCAAGCAUGCAGCAGCACCAACCUGGAAAAAAGCAUGUGAGAAAUCCUUCUGCAACAGAAUACAGCCCUGUUGGAAGAGAAUAUAUUAAACAUAUGGUCAAUAUUGAUCAGUCGUCUAAAACUCCUCACUCAGCAAGUGUGAUGGUUGAUGGCACUGCUAAACCUCAGCUAGGGCAGCUUAGUUCCAGGGACAGCUUCAAGCAGUCGUGGAAAGUUUUGGAAGCGAGUGUUCUUAAAAAUAUGGAGGCCCACCACAGUCGGCAGAACAGUCUUCAGGCUCAAGAAUACCCUACAGUUGUGAGUCAGCAGGACUCUGGCUACUCAACAGGACCUUCUCCAAGCCUGAGAAAAAGAAAGGGAAGACGACAAGCUCCAGGCCAGGGAAGGCCUGGCUCUGUGGGUAGCAGCAGUGAACUGAGUGCUCUAAAUGAUAAGCUGAUUGCAGAGAUGCGUGCUGUGGUUAACAGAUCUGCAGCCUGCAGAGGGAGUAAAGGUAGCCUAGAUGCAGAAAUGUUGGAAAAUGCUAGUUUGCCCGAGGGCAAUAAAAUCAAGUUUCAAUCUGACCGCUUGAGAAAAUGCAACAGUAGAAGCUCAAGAGAUGAUGUAACUUCUAGUAACAGGUCAUUAUAUAGGCCCAGAAUGGAUAGUAGGGGGAGCCUCUCAAAUGACCCCGCAGUACAGCACGACACUGUGAGGCAGAAGAGAACCUAUGAGAAAAUAGAUUCUUUAGAAAAUAACGUGACCAGUCAGAUAAAUCUGUCUUCAUCGGACACAGCACAACUAUCAUCUCAGUCUGGAACAAUACAGUCUGAUUCCCAGCAAGAGAACAGUGACCAGCCUGGCACCAGUAUGGGAUAUCAGUUUCCCUUCCAUACCAUACGAAAGCCAAUUUCUCAAAGCAGCAUGGCAGACUGGGCUUCCAAAAACCUAAAUAUGCAUACUCAGGGUAUCUUUCGUCGAAGACUGUCUAUUGCCAACAUGCUCUCCUGGAAUGGCGGCUCUAUCAAAAAGCCUAUGCUCAUAACCAGCAACCACACCAUCAAAAAGGAAGCUUGUGAAAUAUUUAAACUCGUACAAAUCUACAUGGGUGAUCGGCAAGCCCGGAUGGAUCGGGAUCAUGUGGCUCUGAUCACUGUCACCAAGUGCUGGAGCAUUCAAGGUUUACGGGAUGAGCUAUAUAUUCAGCUAAUUAGACAAACAACAGACAAUAUGGGCUACCGAAGUCUGGCAUGGGGCUGGGAACUCAUGGCCAUCAGUCUGGCAUUUUUCUCCCCAUCACCCAAGUUCCAGUCUUAUUUGGAAGGGUACAUCUAUCGUCACCUCAACCAGGUCAAUGAUGAAAACAUUACCCAGCGCAUUAAGGAGCUUCUGGAUCUGAAAAACAAAAAGAAUUCAAAAUCCAGGAAAAAGAGGAAGCAAAACACAGAGGAUGAAGGUCUGCCAAUCAGCACUUAUGCCAGAUACUGUUAUCGGAAACUGAAAAAAGUUGCAGUCACAGGAGGCAAAAAGGGCCUCCGGAAACCUACAAUUGAGGAGAUAGCACAUGCCAAGAAUGCCAUUGUGACCCCUUCGUUGUUUGGCAGCUCUCUGGAGGAAAUCAUGUUACGGCAGCAGGACAUGUAUCCCAAUAACAAGCUACCUUGGGUACAGACACAGCUGUCUCAGCAAGUCCUGGAACUGGGGGGAGAACAAACUGAAGGAAUAUUCAGAAUUCCUGGAGACAUUGAUGAAGUCAAUGCACUAAAACUACAAGUGGAUCAAUGGAAGAUUCCCAACAACCUAAGUGAUCCUAAUAUUCCAGCUUCUCUGUUGAAGCUGUGGUACCGGGAGCUGGAGGAGCCUGUCAUCCCACAGCAGUUCUACAAAGAGUGUAUCAGCAACUAUGAGAAUCCUGAUGCUGCUGUGUCAGUGGUGGAACUCCUACCAGAGCUUAACAAAUUGGUCUUGUGUUACCUCAUCCACUUUUUACAGAUAUUUGCUCAGCCAACUAAUGUGGGCAAAACGAAGAUGGACGUGAACAACCUGGCCAUGGUGAUGGCCCCAAACUGUUUGCGAUGCCAAUCUGACGACCCUAGAGUCAUCUUUGAAAACACCCGCAAAGAAAUGUCCUUCCUGCGCAUGCUAAUUGUGCACUUGGACACCAGUUUUAUCAAAGGAGUGGUGUGAAGAACUGGCUUCAAGGAAGAUAGUAUGAAGGGAGCAAGGAACUCUUGCCAAUAUUAGUUUAUCUGAGCCUUGGAUCUUUCCCUCUACAGUCUCCAGGCUCCUAGGAGUGUUGCUUUAACAGCUGUUUCUUAUCCAUUGUCGAUGAGUCCAAAAAAGCCUCAUGAUAUUGGAAGUCAGUGAUCAUAGCAGAAAGGGUCUUGAGGUGUCAGGGAGUCAAAUCCCAGGCUGUUCUCUGAGGGCACUCCCCAAACCCUGGAAUAGUUUCUUCCUGGGAAGUCAAUAUGCCAGAGGUAGACAGCGCCAGCACAGUAAAACACCACUGUUGAGUUAUUUUACACUAUACUGGGAAUCCACUGUGCAUUAAAAAUGGGAUGAUUUAUUGGAACAACUUCUGUUCAGAUACUUAGCUUCCAUUACUUUGAAGACUGGGCACUUCCACUAGUGGUGCGUCACACCCAGCAGGUAAAGGGUUGCUGUCUCAGGUUGCUAUAGUGCUCAUCCUGCCUUAGAGCAAAACCCACCAAGCCAUCUCUGUCAUUAGUAUUGAUGGCUGUGUUUUUCUCCAACAGCUUCCACCUGCCUUUUCUACCUUAAAAAAUACCUCUUUCACCAAAGGCUGGGUUUAAUAGCACUGGAUGAGAUAUGGCUUGCAAUCCAGGUUGGCUUUCUUCAUGCCUGGGGUACUUUUACUACCCAGUUCAGAUUAAAAGGGGCAGGCUCUUUUGAAGGCCAUGAACAGACUACUUAACAAUGCUGUUCUACAGUAAAAACAGCCACAGGCUAGAAUUCAGGGAAGAGCAAAGCAUUUUGGAAGUGACACUGCCUAUCUCUUCCCUCUCCUGCCUUAUGGUACUGUUCUGUAUUACAUCUCAAACUAAUGUGUUAUUUCAUCAUCUGAGCUAGAUCACUCAAGCCACAUAAAUUCUUGCAUCUCUCUGAGUAACUGCUGUGUCACAUCAAUGUAAAUAGAUUGUAGUUAGGGUUCCCCCACAGUGAAAUGUUCCCUCUAUGGUAAACUGCAGUUGUCAUGAUUCCUGUUGCCUUUCUUCUCCUUGCUUCAGCAUAGACUGAAAUCAGGUAUCAAGUUGCUGUGAAGCUGUUGGGAGCAAGCACCAGCAGCCCAAAGGCUCCCACUGAUCUCAGCAUUGCCUUUUUUGUUCUGUUUGCCACUCAGGCUUACUCAUGACCAAACUGGAUGUGAUAUGAGAGAUCUGUGAUUAGGUCUUCUAACACUCUUUUCUUUGUUUAAAAUAAGCAGUGGGGGCGAUUUGGCUGGAGUCCACGGCGCUCAGAAAGGUUAACCCUUUCCCCCUUGUGCUGUAUCCCAUCACUCUUCACUAACUGACUGUGCAGGAGGGAGAAGAUAAGUUACAGUGUUGCACCUGUCUUCUCCCCCACCCACCGCAGUUAACCUCUGGCCAGAGCAAUGGCCCUAAUCCAAAUCUCACACACUACAACAGCUUCUUUUAACCCAAGAAAAAGACAUCAGGAGAUAUGAUUGUGGAUCUCCCCCAUGUAGCAUGAAUUUAGCUCUCGGAGAGUUCUUCUCGUUUGAAAAACACAGGACUAAUCUCUAGACAGACGGGCAAAAGGAUGCUAAGCAACAAGAGCAGUUGCAGAUGAAUUACUGCAUAAUUCUGGACUCUGUUACACUCUUACCAAUGAAGUUGGCCUUUCCCCAGCAAGAUUUCAGUCCUCUGACCACUUUGCCCUUUUCACUUCAGUCAGUGGGACCCAUACUGAUUUAAAAAGCAGAAAACAUUUGACUCAGAACCAUUGUUCUUUUCUAUUCUCACAUUACUGGCACAUCCCUAAAACUGGAGCCUUCUGUAUUCUUUCCUCUGUGUCAUUUUGGAAGUGAUUGUCAAUUGUUCAGUGAACAAGCCUCUGAACAGAAGCAGGCUUGAGCUGUUUGGAAAGAGGCUGGCUGAUGGUAAUGUACCAUGGAGGAAUCCUUUAAGAAGAUGGAGUCAGGCUUGGAGCAUUUCCUUUGCCAGUAGGAAUGUGAUGAGUCUUAGGGAGGAAUGAGUACUUCUAGUGGCUGAUGUGAUCUUAAUGGGUAGAGGAAUGCAUGCUUCCCUUUGGUUGUCGCUCUUACUAGGACUAAAAGGCUCUUGUAUUUCGUUAUGUGGAAUCAAAUUUGCUGCUGUUUUCUCUGUUGGAGCCAGUUUUACUGAAAAGUCAGUUCCUUUAACUUAGUUUAUAUGACAAUGUCAAAGCCUCUGUCAGUCUUUACCUUUGGUGUGCCUUUUCCCAGCUGUCUUUUUAAAUUUAGUUUAUUUUCAAUUUAAUUGUCAAUUAUUUAAACAUCUGAACUUGAUCAUUUGAAAAUACUGAUUUCAGGAUUCAAGCAAGGCCAUCAUUAGAGACCCAGAUUACACAUUGCAUGGAGAUGCAUAUCUUCCCAGUAACAUAUGGUUGUUGGGGGGAAGGGGUGACAUGAUUCACUAUAUGAGGUUUUCCCCACCCCACCUUCAUACCACUUCAUUGACUGCCAUUUACAGAGCGUGAGAAAACAGUAAUGUGAUAUGACGCUACAUAGCAGUUUAUUUUAGGGAUGGGCACGAAUCGAGAUUUGUGCACAGAUUUGAAGCUCAGCCAGGGCACCUUUCAAAGUGAGAGGAGCCAUUUGCCGCAGCUUUCUGCUGCAGUGGCACUCCCGCCAGCAUCCUUUGUGUAGUGGCAGCACGCACAUGGCAGCCACGCAUGCGCGGAGGCCAUGUGUGUGCUGUCACUGCAUGAGAGGUGCUGAGGAGUGCACUGCAGCAGUAAAAAACUGUGGCAAGCAGAGGAGGAGCAGGUAUUGACCUGCUUUCCUCACUUUUAAAGGUGCCCCGGCUGAGCUUUGAAUCUGUGCACAAAUCGCGAUUCAGGCCCCUCCCUAGUUUAUUUUAAUUAAACAAUACUAGAGAGAGGCAGAUAGAUGGUACCUACAUAUAUGCCCAAACGUAUAGUUCGGGUCUGAGCUGACCCAGAAUUCAGGUGAUCACUGUGAUGUGUAUAAAGUGUUCUGUUCUCUCUCUUUGGACAGUUGCAUUUUAUGAAGUAGAUCAGCCUGAGUUGAGGAAAUGGGUGCUAUUCAGACAGGCUCCUCUGCCAGGAUUUUGCCAGUGCUCACUGGAUGUUAAAUGGGACCUUAAUGCUUGUGCCAGAUUAUUAGGACUGCAGUUCUUUACAAACAUUUGGAAGUAAGUCCCAUUGAACUUCAUGGGACUUACUUGUGAGUAAACAUGCAUCGACUCAAGUGUUAAAACAUUGAGUCUGAGAUCUACUUUUGGCAUUUUUCAGGCCUGGCAGAACAAGAGUCCCCUACUUCUAUUUCAAACCUAAAGAAAAUAUAGUUUCUUCUAUUUAACACAGAGUUCAUAUCCAUGCAGCUAUCUAUGGACAUAUGUUUGUGGCUAAACAAUGGGGUUACCUUCAUGUUCUAAAAAUAUUUCCUUUUAAAAUGGGAAAUGCUGAGCAAUAUUCACAGUGUUGUGUUUAUUGCCCUUCUUUCUAUUAAAAAAAAUCAAAUCAAAUCUUUUCUAACCUGUUUCAAGAUGUCCUCUGUGUAUACACCAUUCUCAAGUUCAAAAACUGCAGCCAACUACAUGGUGGGUAAUAAUUAAAAAACCCCUGGCACUUAGAUGUAGUUCAAGCAUAGACAGAUAAUUUUAUAUUAAUGCUCCCCGCCCCCUGCCCCCAGGCUGUAAAAUAGGCUACAAAUUACACUGGAUUGUUUUCUUUUUGCCAAUAUGUUUGUAAAUGUGAAUCAGCAAAAUAUCCUGUCUCUUAUUAUUAUUAUUAUUAUUAUUAUUAUUAUUAUUAUUAUUAAAGAAUAAUUGAACA